AUGGUUCAGGAACAACCGAAAAAAAGCCCUCGCAGAGUUCGCAAGGAAAAGCUGCCCACCAUCGAGUUUGUCAUGGCCCCCGUCGACGAUCCCGCCAUGAAUCACUUCAGCUCGCCACCAGCGCACCACCACCAUGUCUCGCCCGCGCUGGGUCACGUCAAGGUCCCCGCGGCGCUGCGCUACAGCAGCCCUCCCCCCUCUGAGCCCGGCGGUCCCUCGCUCCAUCAGCAGCAGCAGCAGAUGUCUGGCGAGCUUCCGCAGGCCGACGACUUUGCGUCGUUUCACCGGGCAGCGCCGCAGAUGGUGCACACGCCAGAGUCGGUGUCGUCGCUGCCCUACGCGCCAUUCCAAUCUCCAGCGGCGACGACAGCGGAUGAACCGUUGCAAAAGAUCCCUCACGGGCAUAGCAUGCAAACUGUCCUUCUCUGGCCGCCUGGAAUGGCGCAGGCACCAUUUCAAAACGAUGCCGUUCCUCCGGCGUCGGCUUGGGACGUUCCGAGCCACGCCAUGUUUCGGGCUGUUCGCAACGGUCACGAGAAUAUCGUGCGGUUCCUCAUCAACAGCAGAGCUGAUUUAUCAAGAAAGGACCAAGAGGGACGAACAAUUAUACACUACGCGGUAGAGUGCCGAAAGCUUUCCAUCACGCAGAUGCUUUUAGAGCACUUAGAAGAUGGAGCGCUGCUCAACGCCCGCGACGCGAGCGGGAGCACACCCCUUCACAUCGCCAUACAGCUCGGUGACAUUAACACGGCCGCAAUGCUGCUGGAGCUUGGGGUUGAUACACAUGUUGCCAACAAUGACGGCGAUAUGGCGCUGGAUCUGGCCAUUGAUGCUGGGUCUCUGGCUCUGGUACAGCUCCUGGCCGCGUAUAGAGCAUAG